AUGCCGGAGGGGGUGGGCAGCUGCUGCCGUGCAGCGCAGCCCAGCCCGGCCGUCCUCUUCCUGCACGGGGCCCGCCUGGCGGCCAUGCAGGAAGCCCGGGCUUUCUGCUUGGGCAGCCCCAUCUGCCCCGGCGCGCUUCCGCGGGAGGCACCCGCUUCUCCAACCGCAUCCUUUCCGUGUCUUGCACUUGCCUCUUUUCGGCUCUGCUUGAGCGCCAUCCAUCUCAGAAUGUCUCAGGAUGUGACCUAUGCAGACCUGCGCUUCGCUGGGGCCCCUCGGGAGGGGCGCUGCCGAGCUCGGCGAGAAGGUAGCGUGCGCAGUCGCCGCCCCCCCCAGUGCCCAGGUGAGACCGUCCGCUGCAGCCGUCUGAUCGCCCGUCUCCUCUUCCCAAUGGCAGGUGGAGUGGAGCUGAGCUACGAUAACUUCCUCAUGGCCAGCAGCCCCCUGGGAAAGGCGCCCCCGAGCGGCCCAAAAGGCCCGAACAGGCUCUCGUGGCUGGUCGUGCUGGGCCUGGCCAGCGCGGCCCUCCUCCUGCUGGCCACCGCCGCGGGACUCGGCCUGUUAUACCAGCAGGUGUCCCAGCAGCUCCGGGAGACGCCCCCUGCCUGCGCGGCGGGCAACGGCACCCUGGCCAGGAGGCGCGCCGACGCCGAGCCCGAGCCCGAGCCCGAGGGCGACGCCGAGGGGGACGGCGCGUUGCGGCUGCGGCUGCGGCGCACGCAGGAGGCGCUGGCCGCCCAGCAGAAGGCGACGCGGGAGCUGGAGGAGGCCCUGAACGCGACGCGGGCGCAGCCGUGCUCCGCCUGGUGCCCGGAGCAGUGGGUGCUCCUCCGGCGCAAGUGCCUGUUCUUCGCCAGGGAGCGGAAGACGUGGGAAGAAAGCAAGCGGGCCUGCGAGGAGGUGGCGGCGCGGCUGCUCAUCACCCAGUCGUGGGAGCCGGUCGAGCUGCCGGGUGCUCUGCAGACCGUCGAAUUCUGGAUCGGGCUAAAGGAGCUGCACUUGGGAGGUCCGCGGACACGGACACGGACACACACGUGGACCUGGGUCGACGGCACGCACGCGGAGGGGGCUGAGAUAGAAUACGUGAUGCAGACGACUUCCCUGCUGUGUGUUGUGCUGAAGCAGGGAAACCUCUCGGGGAAUCCCUGCAGUUUCUUGUUCCCAUACAUCUGUGAGAAGGCGGCGAGCGCCCCCACCUCCGGAGGGCACUAGCUGGAGGCCAGCCCGGGCCCCCUGCAGCGUCCCCACCGAGCACCCGAGGAAGCUGAUGGCCGCGCCCCAAACAUGCACAGCCCCCUCCCCCUUUCGCUCAGGACACGGCACAGGAGCCACUGCCCGCCCGAGCCUGCCCCCCCCGACACGGGACGAACUAGUUGUUUCGAUUUAGGGGGUCCCUCUGUGCGUUAUUGCUGGAUUGGGUCUGUUUUCUUGGGUGAGCUACUCGGAAAGGCUCAGCUGCCAGCCCGUGUGGCUCGCAGAGGCAGGGGGGACUCUGCCGGGACCUCCAGCGCGAGGCUCGUCUCCCGGCUGCUCAGCCGCGAUCCGUCCCAUCAAGCGCCGUGCUGGAUGGGUUGGCCUAGUUG